AUCAGGUCAGUGAUCAUUGAAUGCGGCUCUAUAGUGCUGCACUCUGUGGCUUCAUUUUCUGUCAUUUACUCUGUGCGGUGCCGUGUAUUGUCAGUGAAUAGUUUAUGUUAUCUUCUUAUUUCAGUAAUAUCAAAGGAUUUAUGAAAAGAAACUAAGAUAACAAAGUCAAUAACCAACCAUGGAUCAGAUCACUCCCAAAGAGGUGAGGAUCCUAGAAACUGCUGAUGAUAUACAGGAACGGAGAGAACAAGUUCUAUCUCGAUAUGGUGAAUUUAAAUCUGAAGCCAGAGCAAAACGUCAGAAGCUUGAAGAUUCGCGUCGAUUUCAAUAUUUUAAACGAGAUGCCGAUGAACUCGAAUCAUGGAUACACGAAAAGUUGCAGGCUGCAUCUGAUGAAAGUUACAAAGACCCUACAAACUUACAGGCUAAGAUUCAGAAACAUCUAGCUUUUGAAGCUGAAGUUGCUGCACAUAGUAAUGCCAUUGUAGUACUUGACAACACUGGAAUGGAGAUGAUAAAUCAGGGUCAUUAUGCUAGUGAGGUGAUUCGCAAAAGGCUUGAUGAACUACAUCAACUUUGGGAUCUCCUUCUAUCAAAGCUUGCAGAGAAAGGAAUGAAGCUUCAGCAAGCUCUGGUCCUUGUUCAAUUUCUGAGACAAUGUGACGAAGUCAUGUUUUGGAUCAAAGAUAAGGAAAUGUUUGUAACAACUGAUGAGUUCGGGCAAGACUUGGAACAUGUUGAAGUGCUUCAAAGGAAGUUUGACGAAUUUCAAAAAGACAUGGCUUCUCAAGAAUACCGUGUCACUGAAGUUAACGAGCUUGCCGAUAAACUUGUUUCCGAUGGACACCCUGAAAGGGAAACUAUUCUAAAACGGAAAGAGGAACUUAAUGAAGCAUGGUCAAGAUUGAAGCAACAGGCCUUGAUGAGACAAGAAAAAUUAUUUGGUGCGCAUGAAAUUCAACGUUUAAAUCGUGAUGCUGAUGAAACAGUUGCUUGGAUCGCUGAAAAAGAUGUCGUUCUUUCAUCUGAUGAUUAUGGUCGUGAUUUAGCCAGUGUUCAAACACUACAAAGAAAACAUGAGGGUGUAGAGCGUGAUUUGGCUGCUUUAGAAGAUAAGGUUUCGACCUUGGGUAAGGAAGCAGAUAGGCUUUGUGCCAUCCAUGCUGACCAUGCGGAACAAAUUCAGGCUAAAAGAGCAGAAAUUGUUUCAUAUUGGGAACGCCUAACAGCAAAAGCCAAAGAAAGAAGACAGAAGCUUGACGAAUCUUAUUAUUUACAUAGAUUUUUGGCAGACUUUAGGGACUUGAUUUCUUGGAUUAAUGACAUGAAAGCUAUUAUUUCUGCUGAUGAACUGGCAAAAGAUGUUGCUGGUGCUGAAGCUUUGCUCGAAAGACAUCAAGAGCACAAAGGCGAAAUUGAUGCUAGAGAGGACAGUUUCCGAUCUACUGCAGAAGCAGGAGAAUUGUUGCUUGAAAGGAAUCACUAUGCUUCAUCUGAAGUUAAAGAAAAGUUGUUAAUGCUCGAAUCAGAGAAAGCAGCAUUAAUUUCAUUAUGGAACGAAAGAAGGUUAUUAAAUGAACAGUGCAUGGACCUUCAGUUAUAUUACCGGGACACUGAGCAAGCUGAUACAUGGAUGGCUAAGCAGGAGGCUUUCCUUGCUAAUGAUGACUUGGGUGACUCAUUGGAUUCAGUUGAAGCUUUGAUAAAGAAACAUGAAGACUUUGAAAAAUCAUUGGCUGCUCAAGAAGAGAAGAUAAAGGCGUUAGAUGAGUUUGCAACUAAACUUAUUGAAGGACAGCAUUAUGCUGCUGAUGAAGUAGCACAGAGGAGGUCUUUGCUCUUGGAAAGGAGGUCUGCUUUACUUGAUAAGUCAGCUGAAAGGAGAGCUAUUCUAGAUGAUUCAUUUAGACUUCAACAGUUCGAACGUGAUUGUGAUGAAACAAAAGGGUGGAUCAAUGAGAAAUUGAAGUUCGCUACUGAUGACAACUAUUUGGAUCCAACUAAUCUCAAUGGUAAAGUGCAGAAACAGCAAAAUUUUGAACAAGAGCUCAAUGCUAAUACUUCUCGAAUGGAAGAAAUCACUAGCACAGGACAAGAGCUGAUUGAAUCUAACCAUUAUGCUUCUGAUCGUAUCCAGACAAGGAUGGAUGAAAUAAUUCAACUUUGGGAAGUUCUUGUUGCUGCUACAGAAAAGAAGGGAUCAAAGCUUCAAGAAGCUUCACAACAGCAACAGUUUAACAGAACAGUAGAAGACAUCGAGUUGUGGUUUGCUGAAAUUGAAGGACAACUUCAUAGUGAAGACUAUGGCAAGGAUCUCACCAGUGUCCAAAAUUUACAAAAGAAGCAUGCUUUAUUGGAAGCAGAUGUUGGUGCUCAUCAGGACCGAAUCGAAGGCAUUAGAGUUGCUGCUAAUCAGUUCGUAGAAAAGGGACAUUUUGAUGCCGACAACAUUAAAGCAAAACAGGAAUCAGUGACAGAACGCUAUGCAGCUUUGCAGAAGCCAAUGAGCAUCAGGAAACAAAAACUUCUCGACUCUUUGCAAGUCCAGCAGCUAUACAGAGACAUAGAAGAUGAAGAAGCUUGGAUCAGGGAGAAAGAACCCGUCGCAGCGUCCACUAACAGAGGACGAGACUUAAUUGGAGUACAAAAUUUAAUGAAGAAGCACCAAGCAGUUCUUGCUGAAAUAAAUAAUCAUGAGAGUAGAAUUGCUGCUGUAGACCAGGCAGCUCAUCAAAUGAUUGAAGAAGAGCAUUUUGCGAUAGAAGAUAUUAAGCGAAGAAUACAAGAACUGGAUAGUCAUUGGAACCAAUUGAAAGAAAAGGCUUUGCAGAGGAAACAAGAUCUUGAAGAUUCUCUCCAGGCUCAUCAAUAUUUUGCUGAUGCCAAUGAAGCAGAAUCUUGGAUGAAAGAAAAAGAACCCAUGGUUGUAAAUCAGGACUUUGGAAAGGAUGAAGAUUCUGCAGAAGCAUUACUGAAGAAGCAUGAAGCCUUGGUUUCUGAUCUGGAAGCUUUUGGAAACACGAUUACAUCACUUAGAGAACAAGCAGAAUCAUGCAGGCAACAAGAAACACCAGUUAUUGAUGUCACUGGCAAAGAAUGUGUUAUGGCUUUAUAUGAUUACACUGAAAAAUCUCCCCGUGAAGUGUCCAUGAAGAAAGGAGAUGUUCUUACUCUCCUCAAUUCUAAUAACAAGGAUUGGUGGAAAGUUGAGGUAAACGACCGACAAGGCUUUGUUCCUGCUGCGUAUGUGAAAAAGAUGGAAGCUGGACUUACUGCAUCUCAACAAAAUCUAGCCGAUGGCAGUUCUAUUUCAGCUCGACAAGCUCAGAUAGAUGCUCAGUACAAGAAUUUACUCGAUAUGGCAAAAGAGAGGCAAAACAAGCUUAAUGAGACAGUCAAAGCAUACGUUCUCGUUAGGGAAGCUGCUGAGCUUGCUACCUGGAUUAAGGAUAAAGAAAAUCAUGCUCAGGUUCAGGAUAUUGGGGAAGAUCUUGAACAGGUUGAAGUAAUGCAGAAGAAGUUCGAUGACUUCCAGUCAGAUUUAAAAGCCAAUGAAGUUCGUCUUGCUGAGAUGAAUGAAAUAGCUGUACAAAUGAUGACCUUAGGACAAACUGAAGCAGCUGUGAAGAUUCAAACUCAACUUCAGGAACUGAAUGAGAAAUGGACAUCCCUGCAACAGUUGACCAAAGAGAGAGCAACCCAGUUAGGUUCCGCUCAUGAAGUCCAGAGAUUCCAUAGAGAUGUUGAUGAAACUAAAGAUUGGAUACAAGAAAAAGAUGAAGCUUUGAAUAAUGAUGACCUUGGAAAAGAUCUUAGAAGUGUGCAGGCUUUACAAAGGAAGCACGAAGGACUUGAGAGGGAUCUAGCUGCUUUAGGAGAUAAGAUCCGCCAGUUGGAUGAAACAGCAAAUCGAUUAAUGCAAAAUCAUCCAGAAACUGCUGAACAAACUUAUGCUAAACAGAAAGAUAUUAAUGAAGAAUGGACUCAGUUGACUGCCAAAGCUAACUCAAGAAAAGAAAAGUUACUCGAUUCUUAUGAUUUGCAAAGAUUUUUAUCUGAUUACAGAGAUUUGAUGUCUUGGAUAAAUUCAAUGAUGGGUCUUGUUUCAAGCGAUGAACUUGCAUCUGAUGUAACAGGGGCUGAGGCUCUCCUUGAAAGGCAUCAGGAGCACCGGACUGAGAUAGAUGCUAGGACUGGCACAUUUCAAGCUUUUGAGUUGUUUGGUCAACAAUUACUCCAGAGCGGUCAUUAUGCCAGUGUGGAAAUUCAAGAGAAGUUGGAAAGCAUGGCUGAGGCUCGUCAAGAACUUGAGAAAGCCUGGAUUGCAAGACGUAUGCAAUUGGAUCAAUGUUUGGAGCUUCAAUUAUUUUAUCGAGACUGCGAACAAGCAGAAAAUUGGAUGUCUGCCAGGGAAGCUUUCUUGUCAGCUGAAGAGGUUGAUUCCAAGGGAGAUAAUGUUGAAGCUUUGAUAAAGAAACAUGAAGAUUUCGACAAAGCUAUUAAUGCUCAUGAAGAAAAAAUAGCUGCUCUUCAGACCUUAGCUGAUCAGCUGAUGGCUGCUGACCAUUAUGCUGCUCAGGCUAUUGAUGACAAGAGACGUCAAGUAUUAGACAGAUGGAGGCAUUUGAAGGAAGCUCUCAUUGAAAAACGGUCGCGUUUAGGUGAGAGUCAAACUCUGCAGCAGUUUAGUCGAGAUGCUGAUGAAAUGGAAAAUUGGAUUGCAGAAAAACUGCAAUUGGCUACUGAGGAGAGUUAUAAGGAUCCAGCUAACAUCCAAUCAAAGCAUCAAAAACAUCAAGCUUUCGAGGCAGAGUUGGCUGCUAAUGCUGAUCGUAUCCAGAGCGUUUUGGCCAUGGGUCAGAACUUGAUUGAUAAGCACCAAUGUGCUGGUUCUGAAGAUGCAGUACAUGCAAGGUUGUCAUCAAUUGCAGAGCAAUGGGAAUUCUUGACCCAAAAAACAACUGAAAAGUCGCUCAAACUGAAAGAAGCCAAUAAACAGAGAACAUAUAUAGCCGCAGUGAAAGAUCUUGACUUUUGGCUCGGAGAAGUUGAGUCGUUAUUGACUUCAGAAGAUUCUGGCAAAGAUCUGGCUUCAGUUCAGAACCUUAUCAAGAAACAUCAGCUUGUUGAGGCAGACAUCCAUGCCCAUGAUGACAGAAUUAAAGAUAUGAAUUCACAAGCUGAUUCUCUGAUCGAGAGUGGACAGUUUGACACUGCUAGUAUACAAGAAAAGAGACAGAGCAUUAAUGAAAGGUAUGAACGUAUAAAAAAUCUCGCUGCUCACCGUCAGGCUAGGCUUAAUGAAGCCAACACACUCCACCAAUUCUUCCGGGAUAUCGCUGAUGAAGAAUCAUGGAUAAAGGAAAAGAAACUUCUCGUGGGCUCUGAUGAUUAUGGUAGAGAUUUGACUGGUGUUCAGAAUCUGAAAAAGAAGCAUAAGAGACUUGAGGCUGAGCUCGCUUCGCACGAGCCUGCCAUUCAGGCUGUACAAGAAGCUGGAGAGAAGCUCAUGGAUGUAUCCAAUUUGGGUGUCCCUGAAAUUGAACAGAGAUUAAAACUUCUUAACCAAGCCUGGUCAGAAUUAAAACAGUUAGCUGCCACAAGAGGACAAAAACUAGACGAAUCUUUAACUUACCAGCAGUUCCUUGCCAAACUUGAAGAAGAAGAAGCAUGGAUUAGUGAAAAGCAGCAGUUGCUCUCAGUCGAAGAUUAUGGUGACACUAUGGCCGCUGUCCAAGGUCUGUUGAAGAAGCAUGAUGCUUUUGAAACAGAUUUUGCUGCCCACCGUGACCGCUGUGCCGAUAUCUGCAGCGCCGGAGAAAAUUUGAUAGCUGCUAAAAACCAUCAUUCUGACAGUAUAUCUCAGAGGUGUAUUCAGCUGCAGAAUAAACUGGAGAUGUUAUCAUCAUUGGCGGUGAGACGCAAAGCUAGACUGAUGGAUAAUUCAGCCUAUCUCCAGUUUAUGUGGAAGGCUGAUGUAGUUGAGUCGUGGGUAGCCGACAAGGAAAGUCAUGUGAGGAAUGAAGAAUACGGGCGUGAUCUUUCCACUGUUCAAACUUUGCUUACGAAACAAGAAACCUUCGAUGCUGGUCUGCACGCUUUUGAGCAAGAAGGAAUCCAGAAUAUAACAUCCCUUAAGGAUCAACUUGUAGCUGCAAACCACGAUCAGUCUCAAGCAAUAUUGAAACGGCACGCUGAUGUAAUGGCAAGAUGGCAGAAACUCUUAGCUGAUUCAGAAGCCCGUAAACAAAGGUUGUUAAGGAUGCAAGAACAAUUUAGACAAAUCGAAGAAUUAUAUUUAACUUUUGCCAAAAAAGCAUCUGCAUUCAACUCAUGGUUUGAAAAUGCUGAGGAAGAUCUUACAGACCCUGUAAGAUGUAACUCCAUAGAAGAAAUCAGAGCUUUGAGAGACGCUCAUUCACAAUUUCAGGCAUCUCUUUCUUCCGCUCAAGCCGAUUUCGAAGCCCUCGCUGCUCUUGACCAACAAAUUAAAAGUUUCAACGUUGGACCUAACCCUUACACAUGGUUUACUAUGGAAGCUUUAGAAGAUACCUGGAGAAACUUACAAAAGAUAAUUAAGGAACGGGAUGUUGAAUUGGCCAAAGAAGCACAGAGGCAAGAAGAGAAUGAUAAACUACGCAAAGAAUUUGCUAAACAUGCAAAUGCAUUCCAUCAUUGGCUGACCGAAACCAGAACCUCUAUGAUGGAAGGUUCUGGAUCUUUAGAACAGCAGCUUGAAGCAACUAAGCGAAAGGCUACUGAGGUUAGAUCGCGUAAAUCUGACCUUAAGAAAAUUGAAGAACUUGGAGCUAUUCUUGAAGAACACCUCAUUCUUGACAAUAGGUACACUGAGCACAGCACUGUUGGUCUGGCGCAACAAUGGGACCAGCUUGACCAGUUAGGUAUGCGAAUGCAACAUAACCUGGAGCAACAAAUACAAGCUAGGAAUCAUUCUGGUGUUAGCGAGGAUGCUCUCAAAGAGUUCAGCAUGAUGUUCAAACAUUUUGAUAAGGACAAGAGUGGCCGCCUUGACCAUCAUGAGUUCAAAUCCUGCCUUAGGGCCCUUGGUUAUGAUCUACCUAUGGUUGAAGAAGGUCAGCCUGAACCCGAAUUCCAAGCUAUUUUGGAUAAUGUGGACCCCAAUAGAGAUGGAUAUGUUUCACUUCAAGAAUACAUGGCAUUUAUGAUUAGUAAAGAGACUGAAAAUGUUCAGAGCUCUGAAGAAAUUGAGAAUGCUUUCAGAUCCAUCACUGCCGGCGAUAAGCCUUAUGUCACCAAAGAAGAACUUUAUGCUAACCUUACUAAAGAAAUGGCAGAUUACUGCGUAGCAAGGAUGAAACCCUAUGUUGACCCAAAAACUGAAAGGUCAAUACCUGGUGCUCUCGAUUAUAUAGAAUUCACACGAACAAUCUUCCAGAAUUAAUGCUUUUAAAUCUUAUCCUUUCUAGAGCCCAUAAAUUCAUGUAUAUGUGUACGUAUACAAAAUCUCUAUUUUAGCUUGAAAAGAAAAAGAGAAAUUUAAAUUUAUAUAAACUUGCUUUAUAGAGUUAAAUAAGUGUAAUGUUAAUAUUUUAUAUGACCCUAUUUAUAUCUGGUUUUUAAUUUAUGCUUUUUUUUUGUUUAUCAAUUUUGUAAGCGUUAUUUAAUUUAUUUUAGCUGUGUUUAUCUAGUAUUAUUAUGGCUUAUGUCUUUAUCAGCCUGUUUUUCUUUUGACACAAUUUUUUUAUGAAUGUUAAUUAUGUUAACAUUAAAGUAAAUCUUCACAUGUUGGCAGGUGUGGUCUAUUGCUUGUUAAUUUAUUGUAAUUUGUUCGAUUGAAGAAAGAAAAAAAAUUUGUCAUUUUAUUUACUGUUGAGCAAUAAGAGUUUUAAGUAUAGAUUUAUUCUUUUAUUAAAUUACAAUAAAAAUUUCCUGGGAUUCCUCCUUUAUAUUUAUUUUUACUUUUUAUUUUUACCUUCUGAAAUAAAUAAUUAUUACUUGCUUUUCUAAGUUAUAUUGUAACAGCCAUGUUGCUGAAGGUCGUAAGUUCAAGAACUAAAAAGAAGAACAAUUUUGGAUUUCUUAUGUUUUGAAUGGGAUUUUCUGUAAAAUUCAUUUUACAUUCUCAAAAUAAUGUGUAGUGUUUUAAGCAAUAUUUUUAAUAUUUAUUUCGAAACAAGCUUACAGAAAAGUUCAAAACCUCCUUACGAUGAAAUUGUUUCUAAUAUUAUGCAGCGUGAUAUUGGAAUCCUAUUACAACAUUUUAUCUCUGUUAGUAGAGUAUCUAGUUCUCUUUUAAACUAUUUCUUAAUUCUUAUAAUAAAAUAUAUUCUGUUCCUAUUAUAUUAUAUACAAUGUUAUAAAUUCAUACUUAUGGAUUCUAUAUUCUCCUAGCAGAGCAUUCCAUGCCUAAUUUUAUAAAUUUGAAAGAUAAACAUUAAAAUCAAUUUUACAAAAUUGAAAAUUUAUUGAAUUUAAAUUAUAUAUAUAUAAAAAUUUUAAAUCUAAGUAAAACAGUGAAUUAAUAAACUUAAAUAUUUAUAAUAAUCCAAACUAAAAGAAGCUUAACAUGGAGCUUUUCCCCUUUGAAACAGUUAAUGCUAUUCAGUCUUCUCGUGUGUGGUGAGUUUUCUUUGAACCAGCCAGGAAUAAGUUCUCUUCAAUGACAUUAUGACUGGAAUCAUUAUAGGUAGAAAGAGUGGGAUGUACACAGCAUACC